AAAUUGUCCUACAAGAUGAGGCUCAUGGGCCAACCGGCUGUGGACAUUGGCCCAGGAAAUGCUGAGCAAGACCAGGCCGACCUUUGCUGCCUGGCCAUUCCCACAGCUUCUCGCUCUGUCCCUGCCCACAGGGCAUGCUGGUUUUCAUCAUCAGUGGCCUCGUUAUCCUGGCCUACUGCUCUCAGGCCAGCAAUGAGCGGACCUACCAGGAGGUGGUGUGGGCAGUGUGCGGCAAGCUGACGGGCGUGCUGUGUGAGGUGUCCAUUGCCAUCUAUACAUUUGGCACCUGCAUCGCCUUCCUCAUCAUCAUCGGGGACCAGCAGGACAAGAUUAUAGCUGUGAUGUUAAAGGAGCCUGAGGGGGCCGGCGGCAGCCCCUGGUACACAGACCGCAAGUUCACCAUCAGCCUCACUGCCUUCCUCUUCAUCCUGCCCCUUUCCAUCCCCAGGGAGAUCGGCUUCCAGAAAUACGCCAGCUUCCUGAGCGUCGUGGGCACUUGGUAUGUCACUGCCAUCGUUAUCAUCAAAUACAUCUGGCCAGAUAAAGAGAUGACCCCAGGGGACAUCCUAACCAGGUGAAUGAGGUCCCCCAAGUGCUACGGGGUAGAAGCCACCACCUGGGCCCUAGGAGGUG